CCGUCUCUCAUUUUCAAUUAUUUCUGAAACGUGACCCUUUUUUGGCUGGAUGCGACGUUGCCCACCAUGAUCUUGUUGGCAAAGGAGAUCUCCAACGAAAACUCACAGUAAUCCUACGGUGACCCAAUCGCUGCCCACCGUUGUCGUCAAAAGAGAGCUUCAACGAAAACCCACGGUGACUCUGCCCUAGCUCUACCGUGACGCGCGGCCGCUGCCACCGUGACUCUGUCGACAAAUGAGAGUUCCAACGGUGACCCUGCUCUAACCCUUGUCGUUGUUGAUGUAUCGAAUGUCGAGGGGCCUGUCUUGUUCACUGCCAUACCGACCAUCGAGAUCUUGCAAUUGUUCAAGUGCUGUAACAACAAUUGUUCAAGUCCUGUGAUGUUUUUUUUAUGGAUUUUUAGCAAAGGUCAGCAUGUAAAACUCCUGUAACUGUCAGAGGAUAGUGUCCCGCUUGUGUUUCUGCAGCGAGUAAUGCUUUUAUGCCCCGUGAUUUGGUGAAUGGAUAAAGUGUUGUGUGGGCCUUGAAGUUACAAUACUCUUCAACCUACAGAAUAACCUUUCUUCAUCCCUUCAUAGAAAAUUGUUUUCCAGAUACACAAGAUGAUUCAACAUCAAAUUGUGCAGUCCCCUGCUAGGCUAGGGCUCGCAAACCCUAACUCUCCUUCAAUUCCGAACCCUACCCCUCCAAAGCUCCCUCCAACACAGACCCAGCAACCCCAAGACCGCAACUCUUCAACCCCUUCUUCUGCUCUUCUGUCACUCCUCCCACCCCUUCCCAGAGCCCAAGCACUUCUUCUCCAAAUGGCUUCCUUAACUUCCAAAAUCUUUGAAGUUUCCCCUAACCGGUCUCUUUGGGUCACUGCCUUCCGUGGAUCCCUUCCAACUUUCCUCUCGUCUAAUUCAUCUACCCCUCUUGACUCUUCUCCGUCUACUGUGAAAGAAAUAAUUUCCCUCUUUACUGUUCUCCAAACCCAAAUAUUCGAAGCUGUUGCCGAACUCCAAGAGAUUCUUGACCUCCAAGAUGCCAAGCAGAAGAUGGACCGUGAAAUUCGUUCCCAAGAUUCAAUGCUACUUGCAUUUUCUAACAAACUCAAAGAUGCUGAGUGCUGCCUAGACAUACUUGUCGAUGAUUACUCUGAUUAUCGCCGCUCCAAGCGAUCGAAAUCUGGAGAUGAUGAUUCCAUGACUUCAUCAACUGUCUCUUCUCAGUUGAAGCUGUCAGAUAUAUUAUCGUAUGCCCACAAGAUAAGCUACACCACCUUUGCACCACCGGAAUUUGGAGCCGGCCAAGCUCCUCUUCGUGGAGCAUUGCCACCUGCACCUCAAGAAGAGCAAAUGAGAGCUUCUCAGUUGUAUAAUUUUGCAGACCUUGAUGUUGGAUUGCCUAAAGAAGUCGAAUCCAAGGAGAAAAUUGUUGAAGCUAUUGUUGAGCCUCCAUCACAGAUGGAUACUAAUGCAGUUCCAAAUUUGUCCGCGUUUCAAGGAAUGCUGCCUCCAGUGCCACCUGGUUGGAAGCCGGGAAUGCCUGUCCAGUUGCCUAUUGAUUUGCCACUGCCCCCGCCUGGGUGGAAACCAGGAGAUCCUGUGCCAUUGCCUCCUAUGGACUCGCUUCAAAUACCGAGAUUUGCAGAGCAACAAAUGCAACCUCACAUUCCUCAGCCCAAACAACCAGAAGUUAUUCAAGUGCAGCCAGUUAAUUUGGACCUUGGAGGAAGUGACACUAGUGACUAUAGUAGUGAUGAUGCCAGCUCUUAUGAUGAAGAUUGACAAGUUUGUUAAACUGCUCAAUCUCCAAUUGAUAACUGUACAGGUAUCUCAUUGAUCAUGGAUCAGAUAUAUCUUGAAAAUGUAUGGGUAGUUCUUUAAUUUCAAUUCUAUGCCCCCAUGUUUGUAUUAAAUCUGUUGUGUAAGACAAUGAUUAAAUUUUAUUUUUUCUGGUGGGUACACUGGAAUGUGCUUUGCAGUCUUUUUGAGGGAAUUGAGAAGGUAUUUAGUGAGAAAUUUUAGGAAAUUGGUUUCAAGUCUAUUUAAGAGAAUAUAGGAGAAUAUUUAAAGAGUUUUUGGAUAAUUAGAAUUUAGAAGCAGAGUUAAGGAUUUUUAUGAUGCAUUUUGUGUAAUCAAAUCCUUGGAGGUUGGCAUUGUAUGAUUUGGAUUUCAACC